AUGGUCCUGAACUGGGAACCGCCUGUUUUGGAAGCACAUGUACUGAUCGUGAAUCCUCAGUGUGACUGCCAGCACAACACCGCCGGGGUGAACUGUGAGCGCUGCGCCGACCUCUACAACGACCUGCCCUGGGCUCCUGCAGAAGAGGACAACACGCACACCUGCAAACGUUGUGAGUGUAACAACCACGCCCAGCGCUGUCAUUUUGACCGGGCGCUGUUCGAGGCCAGCGGGCGGCGCAGUGGAGGCGUGUGCGAGGGCUGCCUGCACCACACCAUGGGGCCCAAGUGUGACCAGUGCGUCCCUGGGUACCAGCCCAACCCCCGCAGCAGAAUGGACCGGCCCGACGCCUGCACACGUUGUCUGUGCAGCGCCGAGGGCACAGUGAACGGAGGCCAGUGUGACGACAGCUCCGGCUCCUGUUACUGUAAAGUGCACGUGGAAGGUCGAUACUGUGACCAGUGCAAGAGAGGCUACUAUGGCCUGGACGCCGCCAACCCUGACGGCUGCACCAAGUGUUCCUGUUCUGUCGAUGGAUCCUUCUCGGAUGUUUGUGACCCGGUAACCGCCCAGUGCUCCUGUCGUCUGCACUUCCAGGGACUGAGGUGUGACCUGUGUGCUGAAGGUUACUGGAAGCAAAAAGGAUCAAUCCGCUGUGAACGCUGCGGAUGUGAUGCCGAUAACGCCCUCAGCGACAUGUGUGACCAGCAAACGGGCCAGUGUCAGUGCAGACCAGGAUUUGGAGGACGGACCUGUACCGAGUGUCCAGACAACACUUACGGAGACCCUCUGUUUGGCUGCCAGCGGUGUCGGUGUGUACUCGAGGGAACGGAGCUGUGUGACAAGCGAACGGGUGCCUGCUUGUGCCGUCUGGGUGUCACUGGUGCACUCUGUGACUCCUGCAGCAGGGGGCACUGUGACUCCUUCCCUGCUUGUGAAAUGUGUCCAUCCUGCUUCUUUGUACUUGAUGCCCAAACACAGAACCUGAGCUCUGCUCUGGAGAGGCUCCACCGCAGCCUCCCCCCUCGUCCUGGAGGUCCCGGUGAUGUCGGAGAUUUUGGACCUCGCAUCCAGAAACUAGUGGACAGACUCAAGCUCAUCCGCGAUUCAAUCGUCCUUCCACCAAGUUCUGCCAAACAGAUCAGUGAGGCUCUGUCUGAUCUGGACCAGCUCAGAGACCAGUUGGAUGACAUUGAGCUGUCACCUCUGGACAGAAAACCCAGUCUGAACCCAGAACUGGACAAAAUCCAGGAUCUGCUGGACAAACUGAAUCAGGACUACAAAACCAGGAAUGGCACCUGGAACACCUCAACCAGUGGAAACUCCACCGGGGAUCUGUCUGCCAUCAAGAACUCAUACGACGAGUCUAGAGAUGCGUCCAAAAAAGUUGAGAGCACUGGAAAAGUGGUGAACCAAUCAGCUGCUAUCAGACAAGACACCAUAGACCAACGCAAUGAAGUCCAGCCAGCCAACACCAGAGACCUGGAGAAACUGAACCAGACUUUGGCCACCAGACCUGACCUCACUCCUGUCGCCAAACAGGUGUGUGGGAGUGUCCGCUCGGAACCUUGCACCCCCCUCCAGUGUGAUGGCGGAAACUUGUGCUCACCUGACAAAGUGCCACCUUGUGCUCAGGGGACGAAGUGCGUGGGCGCGUUGCCUCUGAGCAACAGAGCGGUUACUGACGCUCAGGAUGUCAAAGACAGACUACACAGGAUCACAGACAAGAUCAGAGAUGCCGCAGAAGAGCUCGAAGACACACAGGACGCAACCAAUGAGGUGAGGAUGCAGACAGAGACACUGUCCAAUAAGUCAAAGGAAGCCAGAGACGAGCUGGAUGACGGCUUAAAGAAGGCACAGGACGCCGUCAAAAAGCUCAAAGACUUCCUGUCAGACCCGUCCGCUAACCUCACCCACGUUAAGGAUGUGAGUGACUGGAUUUUGAAAACCAAAGAUUCUCUGAACCUGGAUCCCCUGAAGAAGAAGCAGUUAAAGCUGGAAGAGCUGGUGGCCAGUCUGCCAGACAGCACAGCCGUGUUGAAGGACGCGGAGCCACAGUUGGACAAGGCCAGGAAUCUGCUUCAAAAAGCCAAGGACACCAGGAACACAUCGCUGGAAAUAAAGGACAAUGUGGACACGCUGCUGAAGGAUCUGCUUCCAGCAGAGGACUCGAUGUUGGACCUGGAAGGCAAUCUGCUGGAGAGCCUGAACAAAGUAGAAAACCUCAACAAAAGCCUCACUAAGACGAAGGACCAGCUGGACCCAGCACAAAAGGCCCUGGAUGAUUUAUUGACACUUUUGAGUCCAAUGACUCCCCAACUGGACAAACUCAAGGAGGUGCUGAUGGAGCGAGACGAACAAGCUGACAAUGCAACGGACCAAGCAGACAAAGCUGAUAAAGAAGCAGCUGCUGCGAAAAAGGACCUCUUGGCUCUGGAGAAGGAGCUGGAUCGUCUGAAGGCAGCGGACAGCAGUGGACCUGGGGAUGGCUCUGACUCGUUGGGCGAGCGUCUGGCUCGGCUGCAGCAGGAUGCUGAAGCUGCGGUUAACACCACUGCAGAUAUGAUGAAUGCUCUGGAAGGUAAGGCUGACUCUCUGAAGUCACUGCAGGACGAGAUUUUGAAAAAGUCAAUCAUGGUUCCAGGACUCGAAGCCAGGCUCCAAGAACUCAUUGCUGAACUCCACAAGAGACUCCACACGUUCAACACCUGCCUGGCCUGAAAACCACCAGUCAGCACCAGGAUCGGCACGUGCACGCUUCCUGCACAGUUUGACCAUGUCUGCAUGUCCAUCAUCAGCCUUCAGGCACCCCCCCAAACCAUGUUCUAUUUAAUGUUACACAGAAAUGAAAUUACUGUCAGUCAAAUGUUUUGAGAGUUGAUGAUAUGAUUGGAUCAUUUGAAAGUGGGCGGGAGUAGUGAGUCAGCAGAGGCACAGGUGAGGUGUCAUUGGUUAAUCAUCAUCAUCAUCAUCAUCAUCUUCAUCAUUGCCCCCGACAAGUUUAAGAACAGAUGUUAGAUUCCAGUGGGACAAAGAAUGCAGAGACUUCUGAUGUGUGAUGCUGCAAAAAGCCAAGAAAAAGUCAAAAACACACAACAGACACAAAGUGAAAAACAACCUUCUGUGGAUUGACAGAUAAAUGUUUCAUGUUUGUAUGUGGGAGUGCAGCCUGUGGCUUUAGAAUAACACUCAACAUUAUUUAUCUUCUUCUUCUUUGAGGUUUAUUGUAUGUAGUUUAAUAAGAAAUGGUCAAAACUUUGGUGUACUGGACAUCGACACUGGACUGGAACUAAGAACUGGACACCGAACACGAAACGACAAAACCACCAAAUCAAAUCCGUCUGAGUUUGUUUGAAAAACCACACAUGAUGAGGUUGUCUCUUUUUUUCAGAUAAUGUCAGUUUACUUGAAGAUAACCAGUGGAGCAAAACUGUAACUUUACGUAAACAUCCUAAAUCCCAGAGCUCAGCUCGCACUAACGUUAUGUGAUGCUAGCCAGUUUUCAUGCUAACAUUCUUUUAGCAUUGUGUUUUGUGGUGCUGUGAUCAUAAUAAAGUAUAUUUUAUUAAGCAAACCACAUUUUGCAAAUGUUAUGACUAAAGAAAUCUACUGAAGUAGUUGGCAGUUGUUAUUUUGGUGCUGUUAGAGGAUUACAUUCAUCGGAUCACCAACCGAUCCAUAUAUUUCAAUAAAAUGUCUGAAUUCCUCACAAAGAACACACCUGUGGAGUGCUCUCGUACCACCUUAAUCCCGCUUGUCAAACACCAGGGUGAAAUGUAUGAAAAUAGAACUGGAAUAUACAACUGUGCAG